AUGAUUGAAACUAUAUUAUUUUUCAAGAGUAUAUCUGUUUUCCAAUACACAAAUUACUACGUUACUUUGAAUAAAAUACAUUUAUCCGUAUUUACAUGCUGUCUUGUAGCCGGUAUUGGUUCAGAGUUCCUACAAAAAAUAUUGAAUCCCUCAAGAAGUUUCGAUAUAUUGGACAUUUGCGCAAAUAUUCUGGGUUCUUUCUGUGGUUUACUGGUAAACUACUUUUAUUAUUAUAUAAACUAG